GACGUGCAUGGGUAAAUAGAUCACCCCAGUGUGAUUAGAAGGCGUUUUACAAGUGUGAUUGUUGUCUCCAUUGCCUCACCAUGUGUUGUGUGGGCAUUCACAGAAUGGAUGAAGAUAUUGGAUUCAAAAGAGUGAAACAGGCCUAUUUUUAUAUUUCCAUUUUCCUCAGUCAGAUGUCCCUCUGAUACCAUUAUUUGGGAUCCGGCUGGAAGGAGUUGUAGCUGCUGGCAUAUUGCCUUUGUUGCUUACUAUGAUGCUAUUUCUUGGUCCCUUGGUCCAGCUGGUAGUGGAAAGCCCAAAAGGAAUUCUUUUUGAAAUUAAGAUGAGAUGUAAUCUUCGGUGCUUGUCUCUCUGUGUGAGAGACUUGAAAUGGAUGAGAAACCACAUAGUGGCCCCUCUAACAGAAGAGUUGGUGUUCCGUGCCUGCAUGUUGCCUGUGCUUGUGCCUUGCACUGGGCCCACUGCUGCCAUUUUUAUUUGCCCAUUGUUUUUUGGUGUGGCCCAUUUUCACCACAUCACUGAACAGCUGCGUUCUGGAUGUGACACUUGGGGUGACAUCUUAAUUACUGCAGUUUUUCAGUUUGCUUACACCUAUGUCUUUGGAAUCUACUCUGCCUUCAUAUUUAUCCGAACAGGCCAUCUGCUUGCACCAGUACUGUGUCAUUCCUUCUGCAACUGCAUGGGUUUCCCAGAGUUCGGAAGGGCCCUGAAGCACCCCCUGCGCCCUGUGCUCCUGUUCUGUUACCAGCUGGGGGUUGCACUCUUCCUGCUUUGCCUCCUCCCCCUGACUGACCCUUUCUUCUAUGGCGUGACACCCAUCUGCACAUUAUUCCUUAAUCCCCGGGCCUUCUGCUCCUGACAAACAUGAAUGAAAGUAAAGUAUGACUGGAUUUGAGAGAAUGAGAUGUGAACUGUCCAGAAGAUAAAACAGUCGAUUAGUUACCUGAUGGUUUUACCACCAGGUCAUCAAUAAUCCAUGUACAGUACAGGAAAGUACAAAAACACAUUGGUACUUUUGUAGCUUUUGUAUUUUGCUAUGGUUGAGCAGUUACAAACAUUUUUCUCUACCUAGGCAGCCCAUUUCAAUAGAUGCAAGUCAAAUUAGAGCUAGAAAUGUCAUUGAAUUAGUCAGGGUAGUAGUCAGGGUAAUGAUGAAAGUACUUUUCUAUCUUCAUUUUACAUCCAGAAUAGUUAUCUAUUGGAUGUUGACAGAUACUGGCCUGUAUCCCUCAUAUGACUUUUCAGUUAACAGUUAUGUCUCUCUUCCUUUCAAAUAAUAAGUUCACCAUGAAUCCAAUUACAAAUAUAUAAUGUAUAUAAAU